AAAAUGAAUUAAGGUGACAAUUAAAAAGAAACCAUUUGACAAAUUUCCAUUCUUCUCAAACUCCAAUUUUUGGUUCCCCAAAUGUGGCAAAUCGGCAUAGUCACAUGAUCUCCUCUGCAUCUCCUUCCUCCUCUUCCUCCCGCAUUCUGCAUCUCUUAAAACCCUAACAGAAAAACCAGCUUCUUCUACUUGUAGUUGUAUUCACAGUCGGCGGCGCCGCCUCUGCCAACCACCUCUCCUUCUCUGUCUGCUAUUGCUAUUCUCGGUCUGUUCGAGAAAUUAGUGUUUAAAUAACGUUGAGUGACAAAUCGUUGUUCAAAAUCCGGUAGAUUUGGGUGAUGGAUUCACCCGAGAGAAGUCGAAGUUAUGCUAAAAGGGAAGUAGAGGAUAGUGGGGAUGUCAAGAGAGAGAUUGCCGGUGAUGAUGAGGAGCGAGAGGGUGGUGGGAAAAGGAGGCAUAGGCUAAGCAAAUCAAGAAGAUCAAGUAAUGGAGAAGAUGUUGAUGGAUGGGAUGGUAGUGGGAGAAGGAAGAGUUCUGGAGAGAGAAGUGAGAACAGGAGAAUGUCCACUAGAGGGGAUACUGAUGAAGGUGAUUAUGAUGCAAAGAAGGAUUCGAUUUCAAGCUCCAAGCUGGUAAGGAAGAAGCAAGAGGUCAGUGCUUUAGAAAAAUUGAGCAACUGGUAUCAGGAUGGGGAUUUAGAAAACAGGCAUGAUGCAGGAGAUAAAUCUGGAAGUAGAAGCCAUACUUCUAGAAGUGAUGACAAUGAGCGGAAUGCGUUGAGGAAAACAUCUUCCAAAAUCUCUGACCAUGAAGGCUCUCAUAGGAGUAGUAGAAGCAGAGACGAAAGAGCUCGUGAUGGGGAGGACGAAAAGGUGCUGGAAAAAGAUUCAUAUCAUUCGGAAAGGAAGGAGAGCAGUCGAGAGAAGGGGCAUGGUUUUACUGAAGAUUUAAAGAAUAGGAGAAGAUGGGAUGACUCUGAUGCUUCCACAAAAGGUGAGGAUAGUAGUUUUAAGGGUAAAUCUGAGCCUAAAAGCGGGACAGGAUCAGAAUCCAAGCAUGAGUCCUCCCGCGAAAGGAGCGCAUCUGCUAGACUCGAUUCUGGUGAAGGAAAAGAGAGAGUGUUGGAGUCAACCAGCGACAAGGGUAAAUCCUACAGCAAGGAGGAAAAGAUAAUUGAUUCUGAUAGGUCCAAGAACAGAAGGUCAGAUGCUGUCGAAGAAGAUAAUAAAGCUAGUUCUUUAACUCGUGAAGAUAAAAAUAGUAAGGAGAAAGGUGAUAGACAUAAGGAACUGAAAGAUUCUGGUCGCGAAGCUGUAGAUAAUAGAGAUAGGUCAUCUAUUCCGGAAGAGGAUGUCAACUCCUGGAUGAAAGACAAAGUUGCAAGAGAAGUUGGGAAUUCUCGGCGGUCAGGAAGCCCUGAGAGGGGUGGGCGGCAUCGCCAUGAGUUGGAGAACACGGAGAUGGAAUUUGAAAGAGGCAGCAGUGUAAAGCGCAAAGAUCUGGAGAAGGAUAAUUUCAGAGAUGAUAGAGCAAAAGGCAGAGAAAAUAGCUGGAGUGAUAGGAAUAGGGAAAGGGAAGGAUCCAGGGAAAGCUGGAAAAGAAGGCAGCAGCCUGGCAAUGAUAGGGAUAUGGAAUUAGUUCAUGAUCGUGAUAGAGAUCGCGACUUGCCUAGACGUGGUCGUGAUAGGAUGGAUAACGAUAGGGGUCUAGGUCGAGCUGGAAAUAGAAAAGAUGGGAGGAGCGAAGCUGUCAAGGCCUCUUCGAAUUUUGGAAUUUCAACUGAGAACUACGAUGUCAUAGAGAUACAACCUAAGCCUCUUGACUAUGGAAGAGAUGAUCCUGGAUCUGGUUUUGCUAGGAGAACAGAAGCCGUUCCACUACAUGAUCCAAAAUCAAAUACACCUGAAGAAUGGGGACGUGCACAAGAUGAUCAGCGUAGGGCUGAUGCAGAUGGGGCAACUGCUGAUGACUCGAGUGUAAAAUAUGUGGAUGAAGCUACAUCUUCACAAGAUCAAAAUGCAUGGAGGGAUGAUGCUGAUGGUAGGCCAGGCCGAGUGAGGGCCCCACAAGCUUCUUUAUCUGCACGACCUUCUGUUAGCCAAAGUACUUCUGGUGGUUCUCAGCCUCCUAAUAGCAAUCAAGAGGCAAGUAACUUUAACAGAAUGAUGCAACAGGGUCCUAAAGGUAAUAGGCCGAGUAGAGGAGGUAGAGUCAGGCCACCUGGAAGAGACAACCAGCAGGUCAACAUCCCAGUGCCCUUGAUGGGGUCUCCUUUUGGACAUCUUGGUAUGCCACCACCUGGUCCAAUGCAACCCAUGAACCCUGGUUUAUCUCCUGGUCCAGGUCCUCCGGUUCCCCCUGGCAUGUUUGUUUCACCAUUUUCAUCACCAGUUGUUUGGUCCGGUGGCCGGGGUGUUGAUAUGAGCAUGCUGCCUGUCUCCCCUGGUGUUUCCUCACUUCCUCCUGGGCCACCUGGGCAGCGAUUUCCAUCAAAUAUGGGGGCUCCCCCAAAUCCAGGCAUGUUUUUCAAUCAACAAGGCCAAAUAAGAGGAGUGCCUCCAAGUGUAUCUGGACCAGGGUUUAAUGCCAUUAUGCCUGUAGGUCGAGUUCCUCCUAAAAGCAGUGGGCCUGCAGGUAAGGGGCAAUCUAGAGGAGAGCAAAAUGAUUACUCUCAAAAUUUUGUAGACACUGGAUUGCGGCCCCAAAAUUUCAUACGAGAGCUAGAACUUACUAAUGUUGAGGAUUAUCCAAAGCUUCGGGAGCUCAUACAAAAGAAGGAUGAAAUUGUUGCAAAUGCAUCUACUGCUCCCAUGUAUCACAAAUGUGAUCUUCGGGAGUUUGUUCUGUCUCCAGAGUAUUUUGGGACCAAGUUUGAUGUUAUUCUUGUUGACCCGCCUUGGGAGGAAUACGUUCAUCGAGCACCUGGUGUGACUGACCACAUGGAGUACUGGACAUUUGAAGAGAUAAUGAAUCUUAAAAUUGAGGCAAUAGCAGACACACCGUCUUUUAUAUUUCUUUGGGUUGGUGAUGGUGUGGGACUUGAGCAAGGGCGACAAUGUCUCAAGAAGUGGGGAUUUAGGAGGUGUGAAGAUAUAUGCUGGGUAAAGACAAACAAAAACACAGCAACUCCAGCAUUGCGGCAUGAUUCUCAUACCUUAUUUCAGCAUACUAAGGAACACUGUCUGAUGGGCAUAAAGGGAACAGUUCGUCGCAGUACUGAUGGGCAUAUAAUCCAUGCCAAUAUAGAUACUGAUGUAAUUAUCGCGGAGGAACCACCUUAUGGUUCCACAGCUAAGCCUGAUGAAAUGUACCGGAUUAUCGAGCAUUUUGCUCUUGGUCGUAGGAGGAUUGAGCUCUUUGGCGAAGAUCACAAUAUCCGAUCAGGAUGGCUGACAGUUGGAAAAGAACUAUCUUCGUCAAACUUUGAUGCCGAGGCAUAUACGAGGACCUUUUCAGACAAGGAAGGGAAGGUUUGGCUAGGUGGGGGAGGACGGAAUCCACCACCAGAUGCACCUCAUCUUGUCCAAACAACACCUGAAAUAGAGGCUCUUCGGCCAAAAUCACCUAUGAAGAAUCAGCAACAAAUGCAACAACAGUCUAACUCAAUUUCUCUAACAACAGCAAAUUCUGGUAACAGAAGAGCCACUGGAAAUUCUCCUCAAAACCCUAAUCCUUUUACUGUUAAUCAGGAAGCUUCUAGUUCAAUUCAUCCUCCACCUUGGGCUUCAUCAAUGGAGGGCUUCAAAGGUCCGAACGAGAAUGCUUUCGACAACAUGUAUGGUUAUAACAUGCAUCCGAUGCCGCCACCAAAUGGGGAGUUUCUUGAUUUUGAAACUCAGAGAAUGAUGAAUAUGAUGUAGUGAGAUCACCAGACAAAAGUAUAACAAUUUAGGGUUUGAAUGCAAUUGCUUGCUUGUCGAGGAAGAAAGGUUUGAAGCAGAUCAGUGAGUAAGCAUUUGGGUGAACUUGAAAACAGAGGUAGUGUUGUAUUUCAUAAUACCAAUAAGAAAUUCAUGCAUGAUUUCAGGUUGACUGGGGAGAAAGCAUGGUGAAAGAAGAUAGAUUACACUAUUACAGGAGCAUAAGUUGUUUCUUAUUGCAACAAAUGGAACAAGGUACGGACAAUUAGGCCGAGAAUUGGAACUAUGAGAUUUCAGCUGUAAUAUCUUCAAGUAUUUUCUGAAGUUACAUGUGAAAUCUUGGUAAUUUCAUUUACCAGAUGAUCAAAAUGUAAGAAAAUGCAAUUUUGGCUAUGCCAUUUUUAGUUAUUGUAAUAGUUCUAGCAAUUUUGGCUAAAAACGGUCUCUUGUAAUGAUUUGUUCUCUUCAGUCGCCAAUGUCCUCCAUUUAUAGGGAUGGACUUUGCAAUUUUCUUUCUCAGUUUAGUUUGUUAAUAUGUAUCUUACUUAAACAAGGCUUUCAUCAUGAUUGGAAUUCAUUGUUACAUAGCUCCCAA